AGGGCCUAAGGAGAAGAUUCUGGGUCCAAUGCAGAUACUACCACCUCCAAAACAAAAAGGGUUUAACUUGCUUGGAAACACCUUCAACCCUUAUCCUUUGAAACUGCAGAAAAAAGGACUACUUUGACACCAAGUUCUACUUCUAGGUCUAAGGGCUCUUUUCACACACCAAAACAUGUAUGUAAAUUCAACGAUUGACCGCUGCAAAGCUCCCAAUCGAUUCACAUAUGAAGUCCUCUCCUGGGUGAUGGUUGUGGAGUACGUGCUGGGUCUGCCUCUCAACCUGUCGGUCCUCUACAUCUUCAUCUUCAGGUACAAGUUCUGGAGGAACAAAAGUAUCUUCCCGUUCAAUAUUGUGCUUGCGGACUUCUUGCUGAUGGUCUGUCUUCCUGCCAAGGCUUACCAUUACCGCCAUGGCCAGAGACGCAGCCCAAUUAAAGAAGUUUGUAAGACGAUGCACUUCUUGCUGUGUCUCAACCGAGGGGCCAGCAUCGCCUUCCUCAUCACGCUCUCCAUCGACCGAUACUUCAAUGUGGUUCAUCUCGGGAGGAGGAACCUUGUCAAAGUGCUGAAGAAAACGCCUCAAAUCUCCAUCCUCAUCUGGGUUCUCUUGCUGCCCCUCACCAUCCCCACUAUGGUCAACACCUUCGAGUGCUGCAACAGCUUGAGCAAUGAAACUUUUCUAAACGAUGUGACGGACCUCUUUAGAGAGAUUGUCUACUUCACGCAGAUCCUCAUCCCCUUCAUCAUCCUCGUCUACUGCACUGUGCGCAUUGUGAACCGGCUGCGGAGGAAGACCGUGGGCGAGAAGACCAAACUGAGGCGAGCGGUGCUGGUGGUCAUAUCUGUCGUUGUCGUGUUCGCCCUCUGCUUCCUGCCGAGCACUAUAGCCAGAGCGGUGCUGCUGGCCGUCAGGCUGAUGAAGUGCCAGGACGAAGAGAACGUUGUGGUUCAGGUGUACGACAGCCUCAUGGUGCUGUCUUACAUCGACUGCCUUCUGGACCCGCUGGUUUACUGUUUCUGUAUCUCGGGUUUUAAAGAUGCUUACAUUUCCACCUUCUGUCCAACGUUUCUUAAGAAGAAACUAUUGAAAGCUGAACUGGCUUUGGAACAACAACCACAAUAGUAAUUACGAAUUCUAACUAAGAAAUUCCUGAGGACACUGAAAAACACCAGUCAGGUUGUCUAAACAGCCAAAUAUUAACAAAGCAUGGAUAGACGACUUCUCUGUGCAGUGUUAAUUCUGCUCUGACUCAUCAAUUAAGUUGAAUGGUUUCAUCUGAAGAUUUUUUGUUUUACUGACGCUGAUUAAAAUAUACUUGUCUGCUUCUUUUGAAACUCAUUUUCUUCCGUGUUUUGAUUGAGAAAUUGACACCAAAACCCAUGUUUUCUUUCCCAAACUCACUUCAAUUCUAAGUCUACUGUAAAUAUAAA